AUGGAACUCCAGUUUGAAGUAGCUGCAUCUGUGUCACAGCUGUUUCAUGGGAUUUGCCAUCACGGUGACAUUGCCUACGUGUGGAAGUCAGUUCUGUUUACCAAAGAAGAGUAUCAGAGACAAAGUGAUAAGAGGCUUUUGGCAAAACCAGAUGUUUCUUUCAAUUCUCUGAAAAUGUCAUGGACAACAAUCAGGAGCUCGGUUGGUGGGGGCAGAUUCGAUCCACCAUCCGGUUCCGGUUCAUCAAGUAAUAAAAGCACCAGACGUCCAAGACUGAUCAAAGCAUUACAAGAUCUCAGAACUAAGCUUCUGGUGAAAAUUGAGGAGAUAAAGAAAGAUCUCCCCAUGAAACUGUUGUUUCUCUUGGUGGGAUUCUACUCUGCAACUGCAUUCUCUACGUUUAUAGGACAAACAGGAGACUGGGAUGUUCUAUCUGCUGCAUUGGCCGUAAUCGUAGUCGAAUGCAUUGGAGCUUUAAUGUACAGAGCAUCCAUUCCAUUAAUCAACAAGAUGCGGAGCAUUAUCACCAUAUUUAACUAUUGGAAGACCGGACUCGCCCUUGGACUGUUCCUAGACUCAUUCAAGUAUGAAGUUUAG